AUGGCCACUCGGCAAGAAGUGGAAAUCAAAAUUCAAUGGCUUUCUCUGGGAACCAUCGUCAGCUGCCCUGCUGCACGUCUGUUUGCGAACUUUCGCUCCGCCUUCGUGAGGUUCCCGAGCGCCGAGACCCAAGGGUUCUGUCUUCCGUCUCCCUCCAGUGCCCCGGGUCCCCCACCCCGGACCUCCCUGCUUGCCAGGCGCGCAGAUUUCGGCCGCAGAUGGGAACUCUCCACCCCACCCCGGGCCUUCCAGCUGGAGCGGGGACCGGAGCCUUCCGCAGGCGCUGGCCGAGGGGGAGACUGGGUGACCUCUGCCCCCAGCGCGCCCCGCCGGCUCGGACGCGGACGGUGCAGGGCGCGGGUCCUUGCGCUGCCCGGGCCUGGGACAGCUGCCCCCUGGCGGCGACCGGGCGCUGGCCCGAGCGCCCGGGGACUGCCGAGCGCAGAGCAGCCGGCGUGGGGCGAGCGCGGCUGCCAGCUCCCGGGACCCUCCCGCUGGGCUUGGGGCCCGGAUUCCUGGACUGCAGGUUUCGGCUCCACGCCACACCUCGAGAGUGUUUGCGCGCCCCAGAAGUGCGCCGAGCUCCAGGCCCGGAUCACCAGGAUUACGCGCUGCAGAGCCAGGGAGCCCGUGAGACUAAGAGGCUCAGCCUCGGGCCUUUGUCCUUGCGCUCCGCUAUGGAGAGCGCCACGGUCCUCGGGGCCUCCUUCGGUGGGCAGAGGCUGGCAGACACAAGGCAGGACGGACCGUGAUUGUGUUUUUAUCUUCGCGGGACAUGUGGGGUUGCGACCCUCCUACAAAGAGCCACCCUGUAGUCCUGCAUUUAGAUACUGCCCUGUGCGGGAACUCAGCCUCCAGGGCAGACAGGUGCACCGGGAGCCCUUGCGCCGCCAGCGACAGGAGCUUCGCGAGCUCGCCGCCACCGUCAAGGAUGCUGGAGCCGCCGCAAGCUACUUAUCACGUAGGUGUAACACCUUGCAAGUCAACGACCAUGAAUCUGUACUGGGGAAAUUUUACUACAGCCUCCAUGAGAAAGACCUAUCGCUAAUUCGUGUCAAAUAAAUGAAAGGCCUAAAACGCUCUGCUUUCAUUUGCACCUUCUUGGUUCCUCCUGCCCUUUAAGACCAGAGCAAUCCUCCCUGAUGUGCAGUUG